GUCUGGCCACCGCCUUGCUCCCCUCCGAAUUAGCAACCUCCCGGCACCUGCCCCGGCGCGACACGGAUUGAAAUGCCCGCCGGCCCCAGCCCCCGGACCCGGCCGGAGGACGGAGCGUGCCGGGAGCGGUGUUGCUUCCAGAAAAGAGCCCGGGAGUCCCAGACCGGGUCUAGCGCCAGCGACGGUCCGCGGGGCGAGGAUGGGGAGGGGCUGCCCCAGAGGGCUUCCCUGCCAUCUGCCGCGGGAGUCUCCUUCCCUCUGGCCGGGGGAGCCCUGGGAGCUGCAAUUGCUUCAGCUACUCGCUCCUGAGGUUAACCUGCAAACAGAGCACUGGAAAGUCCUGUUUGAUCAGUAUGACCCUGGAAACACAGGCUACAUCAGCACAGGCAAGUUCCGCAGCCUCCUGGAGAGUCACAGCUCCAAGCUGGACCCGCACAAAAGGGAGGUGCUCCUGGCUCUCGCCGACAGCCAUGCAGAUGGGCAGAUCUGCUACCAGGAUUUUGUCAACCUGAUGAGCAACAAGCGAUCUAACAGCUUCCGCCAGGCCAUCCUGCAGGGGAACCGCAGGCUCUGCAGCAAAGCCCUGCUGGAGGAGAAAGGUCUGAACCUGUCCCAGCGUCUGAUCCGCCACGUGGCCUAUGAGACCCUGCCCCGGGAGAUUGACCGGAAGUGGUACUACGACAGUUACACCUGCUGCCCCCCACCCUGGUUCAUGAUCACAGUCACAGUGCUGGAGGUUGCCUUUUUCCUCUACAAUGGAGUGUCGCUGGAUCAAUUUGUGCUACAGGUAACCCAUCCGCGAUACCUGAAGAACUCACUGGUUUAUCAUCCACAGCUCCGCGCACAGGCGUGGCGCUACCUGACGUACAUCUUCAUGCAUGCUGGGAUAGAACACUUGGGACUCAAUGUGGUGCUGCAGCUCCUCGUGGGGGUACCUUUGGAGAUGGUGCACGGAGCAACCCGUAUUGGGCUUGUCUACGUGGCUGGCGUUGUGGCAGGGUCCCUGGCAGUGUCUGUGGCUGACAUGACUGCACCGGUCGUGGGCUCCUCUGGAGGGGUGUAUGCGCUUGUCUCUGCCCAUCUGGCCAACAUCGUGAUGAACUGGUCAGGCAUGAAGUGUCAAUUCAAGCUGCUGCGAAUGGCUGUGGCCUUGAUCUGUAUGAGCAUGGAGUUUGGGCGGGCCGUGUGGCUCCGCUUCCACCCAUCCGCCUACCCCCCAUGCCCUCACCCGAGCUUCGUGGCGCACCUGGGCGGUGUGGCUGUGGGCAUCACCCUGGGCGUGGUAGUUUUGAGGAACUACGAGCAGAGGCUGCAGGACCAGUCGCUGUGGUGGAUUUUUGUGGCCAUGUACACAGUGUUUGUGCUGUUCGCUGUCUUCUGGAACAUCUUCGCCUACACCCUGCUGGACUUAAAGCUGCCACCACCUCCUUAAGGCACCAGGGGACCGAGGUCAGGGAGCGGAGGGACAAGCAGCAGGAGAAAGAAGCGUGGACGUUCUCAGCACCAGCUCCAUGAGGCAGGGAGGACAGCACGCGAUGCUGGGCCCCUGUGAUAUGUGCAUUCAGGUUUGGACAAUGGAGCUUCUUUUCUGAAAGGCACCUGCUGGAUGAGUUGGAUGUGGUUACCAUUGUUUUUCUAGACUGUUCUGAGCACAUCCGGCCAGUGCAAAGGCCUGGGGGGCGGUGAAAGCAGCGCUCCCCUUGGGCUGGGCUCAUUCCGUGUGUUCAGGCGAUGCCUCCUUUGUUACGGAUUGAGCAAUGGCCUCUUCCCUCACCCUCACCCUGAGAUGGCAAGCAGGCCCUUGUCCAGCCCAGCAGUACAGUUACAGGCCAGGAAAUGUUUGCUCUACAGCUGUUGGGUUUGGAGAUCUGGAGUAGAAGAGAGCGUGGCAGAGGACAUGGUGUAGGGGAGCCCAGGGUGCCCUCCUGGUGGUGGGCACUGGGGCAUGGCCUCUAGUGCCUAGGCGGGAAGAGGAGGGAGAUGCUAUAACUCCAGGCCUCCCUCUUGCCCUGGGGGUAUCCAGCGAGAGAAACCCCAGCAGGAGGGAAUACACUUCAUCCUAAGCUCAGCCUAGGGAAUGCCCAGUACCAACUUUGGACUUCUCCUUUCCUGUCCCCCAGAAUCUCACAUUGGUGCCCAGCAUCCCGUGCCCUGCCUUGUUCUCAGAGCCUUUCCUUCUCUUCCGUUGCCCUCCCCUACAGUGUCCUGCUCUGCCUUUCCUUUGGUCAUGGGGAUAUGUGUGUGUGUGUGUGUCUAUGUGGUGGGUGAGGACGCCGUGUGAUGGUAGGAGAUGGUGUGGAAAGAAUGUGAGGUGAGGGAAUGUGAGGGAAGGAAAAACACUGUGCGUGCAGUCAGAGGCUGCGGAGGAAGCCUGUGGGGGGCGUGGGAAUGUAUGCAGGGGUCUGCAUGAGAGGGGCAAAGGCACCGAGAGGUGGGAGGGCAUGACUCCUGAGGAUCUUGCUUUCAGCAAACCCAGCCCCUUCUUUCCUCUUCCUCAUCCUUUCCAGGUAUCUCUCUGAGAGCCACUGACCAGUGCGGGGUGGGGGGGUUGGGGUGGAGAGACACCUUGGGCCCUCCCAGGGACCACCAGGAUGCUGCAAUUGGCUUUUGCCAAGUUCUGUUCUUGUUUCCCUCUGGAAUGACCUUCACACUCGAGGAGCUUCUGUUCAGUUAUCCAUAGAAGGGAAAGGCUUUAGGGGGUGUAAGAGAGGCUAGGGCAGGAAUAUGGAAGCUGUGUGUCCAUUGAGUAGGGGGGGAACAGGAGGCUGCAGUAAAAGAAAUUCUAGCUUAGAAGAAAGCUGCUUCUGGAGGAUUGUUGGGUAUUUGGGUGAGGGUCAGAAGUGAGGGCAGCCCAUAGACUCAGGUGCUCAGAGCGUGGAGGCAACUUGGCUAUUGUCAAGCUCAUCCCCACCCCCGUUGUACUAGUGGGACAACCAAGCUCAAGGAAUGACUCCCGAGCAGGGCCUGAUGAGGCCUUGAAGAGAAAGUGGGGGUAGGAUGGCCUUUGACAAACUAUGUGAUUCCCUUUAUACUGCUCUUGGAAUUCCCAACCCCUGACCACCCAGAAAGAUGAAGAACUCCAGCCUGGGAGGCAGAGGGACUGGAUCUGCAGGGGCGAGGGCAGGGGCUUCAUCUGAAGUCAACUGGGCCAGGCAGUGAGGGGUCUUGGCACUGUGGCUUCCUGUCCUUGGUGAUCACAGGUAAAUGGGCAGUUCUCCAUUCAGCCCCAAACUACGCUGAGCCUUUCCCUGUCUUUGCCCAAAGCUAAAUAGAUUGUCCUGGUCCCCACAUUUCCUGAGGUCAUGCUGGACUCAUGCCAGCACAGUACUAAGGACUGCCAGGCCGAGUUGGCUCAGGCCCAGGUCGGUGGCUGAGUGGCGUCACCCUGAGGCAUUUUGUCUGUGUCCUACCAGCCCGUCUCUGCCUUACUGAGAGGAGGGUGUAGCUGGAAGGGUCCGCUUCCUCAGAGAGGAGACCAAGUUGGACUUGGGGGCUGAGAGGACUUGGGUAAGCAUGGCGAGGAGGGCCUUGGCCAUGGGCUGCAGCCCCCUAAACCCAAGUGGUGCUGUCUCUCCCUGGAGGAGCAGAAGCAGCUGGUGCCUUACUGGGAGGCAGGUCUGCCCUGCUGGAGUGGAAGGUCACCCCUGCCUUCAUCCCGUGUGGCCUGAAGAGGAGUCUCCCUCUCGCAGGGGUGAGAAGACGGUGAGCUAGAAGACUCUAGAAAGCCCUCAGAGAAACACCCAGGGCUGCAGAUGGGAGCUUGCUACCAAGAAGGACUGCCUGGGGCGAAAAUCUCAUUUGCCCUCUUGUCUGAGCUGCAGCAAGGGAGCCUCCUCUAACCUCAGGUCACCAGCCCCAGCUAUUCCCUGUCAGCAGUGUCCAAAAGUAACCCAAAAGUUCUUUGGUCUGCUUAACACGCACCUCCCCACCCUCGCCCAGCUGUCAGCUCCAGGCAGGGCCACCAGUGGGGUCCACAGUCAUUCUACAUAACCCAGGUCUCCAAAACCAGACCCAGAGAUUGUCUGAUAAGAAAGUUUUCUUUUUUGGCGUCUGGCUUUCUCUUUGGCCAGUCCGUGUGCCCUCACCCCCAGUACCCUGCCAGCAGCAUGCCCCCAUCAUCCCUCCUUCCUGGUCUGGUACAGCCACUGGUCCGGUGUGCCUCUUGGGGCUGUGGAGGGUGGCUGGCCUUGCAUCUGUAGGAUGCAGAAAUUGAAAACUAGGGAUUCCCCCAACAGCAGCCAUAGAUUUGCACACUCAUUAAAUGGAAGAGGAAUCACAGAAACUAGGGAAGGGAAAACAAAUCUUCAAAGGAGAAAUUUGGCUUUAAUGAUACCAUUAAUCAUUCAUUUUUUUAAUUAGGAAAAGCUCCCUAAUGAGGCGUUUUUGCCAGCUAAUAGGAUUCUCAAUUUCUACGAGGACCAUUCUUGCCCAGAGGAUUAGGGGAGUCAUUGCUCACCAAACCCAGAUCUUCCCCUUCCCGCCCAGGGUCCAGUUUCAUUUGCAAAUAAUGCAGAUUCCUGGGUGCAGGGGUAGCCUUUUCCUGGCAUCCUUCAUGUUGCUCCCAGCGCCGGCUGGAAAGCACCAAUACUCCUCUGCCUUAAAAAACAGUGCCCAAGGCUGAAUUCCCCCUCCCUCCAAGGACUUGAGUAAGUGGGAAACAAAAGGAAACACAAGCUGCAAUGUUUGUUUCUAAAUAUUUUUGUAUUGUGUACAUUCUGUAUAUUUUUGUUGUAACAUAUUAUUUGAACACAGAUUCCAUUAAAGAUUUUUUUUAAGCCAUCCGUUAUUCAGGAAGUGA